CCCACGUCUGAUAAUGUUGGGGAGAAAAACACCUGGAUCAGGUGUGCUGACCGCAGCUGCAGGAAUGGACCGGGGAAGGACAGGAGAGAGGCUGCACGCAGCGCUGGCCGGACUGCAGGAACUGCAUCUCCUCCGGGACAAACAGAGUGCCAUGGUGCACUGGGCUCUGACCCUGAACAGAGAAGAGUCCGAUACAUCAAAACAUGAGAACGUGAGCACAGAAGAGCUGAGACUGGAGGCAACACUUACUCUGCUAAAACAACAGCUGACUCGUCUACGCAGACAGGAUGUGGGAUUGAAGACUCAUCUCCAGCAGCUAGACCAUCAGAUCAAUGAGCUGAAACUGGACGUGUGUAAAGCAUCAACUGAACAUCUAGAGAGUGACAGCAGACCCAGUUCAGGGUUCUACGAGCUCAGUGAUGGUGGUUCAGGCUCUCUGUCCAACUCUUGCACCUCUGUUUACAGCGAGAGUCUCUCCUCUUCAUCUCAAACCAGUCUGCUUCCACUUCUCUCCAACUCAUAUGUGCCACAUGGCCGUAAUGGUUCUAGACAGACUGGUGUGUCUCGACGUUGUUCUGCUGACGAGAGCACUGGCCAGUCUGAUGCACCACGUUCAGGAGUGAAGCUCGGUAGCAGUUGUAUACGAACAGCAACUGCUCGAGCAGCAAGGCAAAGACCUGUUUCCACAGGGGAUCUCGACCGAAUGAUCGCACCUGGUUUUGGCUCCUUCAAAUUCACUGAUGUGAAGAGCUCUAAACCCUGUGUUAGCCUCCAAAACCCCUCAGUAGACCCCAAAUACCAGAGUAACCUGGUGUCUAGCAAUGGGACAGAAGUGUACUGUUACCCCAGUCCACUGCAUGCUGUGGCCUUACAAAGCCCCAUCUUCAGUUGCACCGGUGAUCAGGGAAGUGCAUUAGCACUUGCUGGAAUGCCUGAAGUGAGUCUUGAAGAGGAAACCCAAAACCCAAUCGAAGGGUUCACAAACUCCAGGUCUGCUGGAUACAUUAACAAGAUACUACAGCGAAGCUCCAGUAAGAUAAACCUGUUAAACGGCAUAAGAAGAAAUGAUACGGUUAGCAGUACACAGAAGCAAAGACCCAGAUCCCAGGAAAUGACCUCUGGACAGCUCAACGUUCCUCAACUUCGGGGAUCCCUUCAACAAAUAACAAUGCCCUUAGAAAAUGCACCGGAGACUGGAAAAACUUCUUCAGCACUAAACAGCAAUCAGCAACAGAGGAACACACCUGGUUUGGAGCCCAAUUUCGAAGCAAUUGUGGUCCAGACGUCAUGCCAUGGCACACACUCAGCACCUUCCAUGGACCUCCAAAAUAAUGACUUGCCCAUAAGGAAUGCUACAGGCAAGACUGGUGCAGAGUCUAACAAUUCAGAAAAGGGGAGUGGACAUUUUCCCAAGGAGUCAUCUAUGGUCCCAAAGCUCGUAGAGAGGAGAGCAAGUUUUACCUUCAGAAGAGAGGACGGUAGAGCUUCUUUUGAUGAUAAGGGUGGUACACCUCCAUCAGAGUUUGUCCAUGCACAGUUUCUUCCUGCAGGGUCCCAGAGGGUGAAAGUGCGUCAGGCAGACAAGAAAACUAAAUCUGUAAAACUGAGAAAGAAGAGCUCAGAAAAAUCUUCAAAGAAACAGCAGCAAAAACACCUGUCUCGAGAGUUCUGCGCCAAACCCCGAGCUGACUUAAAGCAGUCCGGCACUUGCAAAGGGAAAGUGACAAAUCUGGAAGAGUCCCAGAUGAAUUGUUGCUCCGAAUGCAGUUGUAAUGGACAUUUCAACUCACACCACACCCAAAACAACCCUCACCUUCAACAGAGUCAAACCUCCAAGUCCCGUAAAGCCCCUGAACCUGUGCACCUUCCUCUGGAUCAAGCCAAAAAGAGACAGAGUUCUCGGAAAUGGCCUUCCGCUUCUGAGAUCCCGUUGCCCCCAACUCUCCACACCCAGAGAUCCAAGGAAGUCUUGAACUCUCGAAAGGUGUCCAUGGUAAGGAGUGUUAGUGCCAGACCUCGCUCAGGUCAUUGGGGCUGUCCUCCACGGGCCCUUCCUCACUCGCUCUCCACCUCCUCUUACUUCAGUUACUUAGAAUCUAGAUAUCCCGCUGCGCCAAUCUCCAGCCGCUAUCCUCCUCGUUGCGAGUCAGAGUUCUCCGAGUAUUCUGCCGAGUGUGCGUCGCUCUUUCACUCUACUAUCGCAGCAAGCAGUGAUGGAGAGAUGAGCAACUACACCACAAACCGUUUUGGGGACAGCGAGUCCAGCCAGGGCUCUCAGACAGCCUCCGACUCGGACAGCAGUCUCUCGCUGGAUGAGGAGGACCUGUUGGAGGAAGAAGAGGAAGAUGAAGGGGGUUUAGUGUGGGCUCAGGCAGCGAUGGGGACCACGGCAGAGGGGUUUUCUCUUCAGCAACAGCAUCGUGCAGAACCAGCGGCCUGCCGCAUCAAAGCUUCCAGAGCACUGAAGAAGAAGAUCCGCCGCUUUCAGCCAGCGUCCCUUAAGGUUAUGACUUUGGUGUAGCUUCACUAAGGUUUCAGGUGGAUUUUGUCAAGUAAACCUUUAGCUUCACCUUGGGACUCACUUGGAGCCCUUUUUACCAAUCUGGUCAUGGUUCAUUUGCACCUGUAAUCCAAAAAACCUGGAGGCUUCAAAUCCAAUAAUGUCACAUGUUGUAAUUUCCACAACUGAUCACUGAGCUCCAGCUAACUUAAACCCAAAACACUCACAACUAUCGCGAUUCAGUCAUAUUUCUUUACUCCUCAAAAAAUUGGGCUCGUCGACAACACUAACGUCCUCUGUUGAUAUGUAUAGGAAAUAAACACUGUAAAUAAGGUCUUUGAAUAUCUUGUAAUCAAAUGUGAAAACUGCUUUUGGUACAAAACUGUACUUUAUGUAAUUCAAUAAAAAUCUGUUGCCUUUUCCACGUUAA